CUAACAGCAGAGACAGAGUUCAGUGUGAGAUGAAAAGAAGGAUUUAACUCGAACAAUGUUGAACCGCCGAGUUCUGAGAGUGAAGAAUCCUCUGAUACGAGAGUGCAUGGCUGAGUUCUUGGGAACAUUUGUUUUGCUGCUCUUCGGCUGCUCUGCUGCGGCGCAGGUGAAGACGAGCAGAGAAACUAAAGGUCAGUUCCUGUCAGUCAACAUGGCCUUCUCUGUGGGCGUGAUGUCGGCUAUGUACCUCACCAAGGGCAUCACAGGAGCUCACCUGAACCCGGCAGUGUCUCUGAGUUUCUGUGUGUUGGGCCAGGUGCCCUGGGGAAGGCUGGUACCCUACUUCCUCUCCCAGCUGUUGGGGGCUUAUGUGGCAUCAGGACUCGUCUACCUGGUCUACUAUGAUGCUAUAAUGGAGUUUAGUGGAGGAGUAUUGACUGUCUAUGGCCCAAAUGAAACAGCAUCUAUAUUUGCCACAUACCCCUCAGAGUACAUCUCUUUGGCCAGCAGUUUCCUUGACCAGGUAGUUGGCACUGGCAUGCUGAUGUUGUGCAUCCUGAGUUUGGGUGAGAAGAGAAACACCCCGGCCCCCCCGGAGCUGAUUCCUGCGAUAGUGGCAGCGAUCGUCCUGGGGAUCUCCAUGUCAAUGUCAGCCAACUGUGGUGGUGCAAUAAAUCCAGCUCGGGAUCUGGGGCCACGCCUCUUUACACUGACUGCAGGCUGGGGCACUGAGGUCUUCACGUGUUACAACUACUGGUUCUGGGUGCCACUGGUGGCCCCACUUGUAGGAGGUGUUUUAGGGACAUUCAUGUACUUGAUCUUCAUCCAAUGGCACCUGCCUGACCCCGACCCUCCGGAGAGCCUCACCCCUCUCUCUAUCAUCAGUGAUAAAGUCCUGCAGCCCAGCACAAUGUGGGACAACGGAGAGGUGUUAAAGGCUGCACGUCUCUAAUGGUUACUGUGAUGGUGAUGGAUAUGUCAUCAUGACAUCAAGUUAAAGACAAUUAUCUGGUUGUGAGUUGGAAAAAGCAAAUCCCUAAGUUGAGCCACUUUUAAAACGCACAGACCUCUUGUGAUCUUCUUCUGGAUUACUAU